AAAGCCUUUUAUCCGGUGUCUGUGAAUGAAACAUGGCGGCCGCCAGAUUGGUCUGCUUUGCCCUCCGAACAGCAUUGAGAGGAGGUGUCUCUGUACCAGGGAGCAACUGUCAGUACGCUCGUCUGUCCCAGGCUUUGCAAACAAACUUGUGCAUCUCUUCAGCAGCUUCUAGCCUCACAGUGCAACAAUACAGACACAGCAGCUUCUUCAACAAAUUGACAGCUGAGGAGUUAUGGAGGGGAGUCAUGGCAGAGACUGGCGCGGGUGCAAGAAAAGGAAGAGGGAAAAGAACCAAAAGAAAGAUGAAGAAAGAUCUGAACAGAGGGCAAACUGUCGGCGAGGGACGUGGGGGUUUCCUUUGGCCUGGGCUGAAUAUCCCAAUUGUGAAAAGUGGGACUAUCCAGACUAUCUCUAAGAGAGACCAGGCCCAGCAGGAGGAGCUGCAGGCCGAGAUAAUCAGGCAGAGAGACGAGUGGGACCGCAGGAGGAGGAUGAAGGUGAAGAGGGAGCGAGGGUGGACCGGAAACUCCUGGGGAGGAAUCAGUCUCGGGCCCCCUGACUGUGGUCCAAACGGAGAAACCUAUGAAGAUUUUGACUCUCGGGUGAUUGAGGUGAAAAGUGUGUUUAACAUGACUGCAAAGGAGGGAAGAAAGAGAUCAAUCAGUGCUCUCGUUGCUGUUGGCAAUGGAAACGGUGCUGCAGGCUUUGCACUUGGAAAAGCAGCUGAUAGAACUACAGCUCUGAGAAAAGCGAAGAACAGAGCUAUUCAUUAUUUGUACUACAUAGAGAGGUAUCAGAACCACACUAUUUAUCAUGAUAUUAAUUCCAAAUUCAAGAGAACAACCAUCAGGAUGAAGAAGCAAAACCGAGGAUAUGGACUGCAUUGCCACAGAGCUAUCAUUACUAUGUGCAAACUAAUUGGUAUUGAAGACAUGUAUGCUAAGGUUUCAGGAUCAACAAAUCUGCUCAACAUUACAAGAGCCUUGUUCCAGGGAUUGGCAAAACAGGAAACCCACCAGAACCUGGCAGAGAAUAAACAGCUGCACGUGGUGGAGUUUCAGAAUGUGUGCGGGCCGCUGCCAAUCGUCGUCGCUUCCCCGCACAGGGGGGCCAGGGAGGAUCCUGAGCCAGAGGACGAGAUCCCUGACACAAAGCUGGACUGGGACGAUGUUAAGGCAGCUCAAGGAAUGAAGCGCUCCAUCUGGGCCAAUGUGAAAAGAACCAUCUGGUGAUCUGCUACAGAACCAACUGGUGGUCCAAAUACAAGGGCAGCAAAGUGAUCCUUGCAGUGGAGAAGCAGAGAACAAUUAAUUUCCUUUGCUGGACACACAGUAUAAUGAAAACAGUCAACAGGCGAGGAGUUUCUGUAAUGUUUAAUAUGUCAUGUUCAAAAAUAUUUUAAUGUCCUCCAGUAGAGGAAGCUGAUUUGUAAGUACUUCCUUACUGGUGAGUUUUUGCUUCACAGUCCAUGAUGCACAAUCCACUGGGACUUUCAGCCUGUUUAUAUUGCUACUAGUACUGCUCUUCCUCUGUACAACUUAAAACCAAGAAUAUAAAAUCUGUAUAAAUAAA